AACUCCGUCAGUCAGACUCGAAGAAGCCCAGGUGUUUUUGCAUAUCUACAGGAGGGAAAGUAAAAAACCGCCUUUAUUCUGGAACCAAAUAGGCAGAAAUUGCUGGACACCAACUGAUGCACGUCUGCUUGUUGUGCAAGUCUUCUGAAAAGCUGCAGAGAGAGGGAACAGCCAUGAGUCUGCUGUGAUAAUGGAUAGGAGGACAGACAGGAACAGAAAUCAAAGAUGUGGAAACUACAACAGCGUCAUGGAGCAUGAGUAUGAUGUGGUGGAUGACCAAGAGGAAGUGAUGAGCGUGCGCAUACUUCCUGCAAGGCCCAUAAAUGAUGAGAGAGAGUAUGCAGACAGGGAUCUUCCGAGGUCAUCAUCAGCUCAGAGCCCUUCAUCACUCUCCAUUGGGAACUCCAGAAUCCUCCCUAGAGUUAUCCCAAUUAAUACAGGGCCUGCUAUAAAUAGAGACCUGAAGCCAGGCAGAAAAAAGACCAGAUUAGAUAAGAGGUUCACUCCGGUGCAGCCGGGACAUCAGCGCUCACACAGGCCCUCUCCGUCACCUCCGCCCAUAUCCUUGGAGUUAGAGAAGGACUUGCCUGCAUUGACUCUACGUGAUCACUGCAAGAGAGAUGGAGAGAGAGCAACUAAAAGAGCAGAAUUCGGUCAAUCAAAAAAAGCCCCCCACACCAAUCAAAGGCAUUCUUUGGAUUUGGAGACUCAUGAUAUAGAAAAAAGGUCACAGCAAAAUCUGGAAAGGGUGCCAUCAAAACGCCAUCACCAUGAGUGGCCUCAAACUAAAGAAGACUUUGACCAACAUGACUUUGUUCCAAUGGAAAAGCCUCAACAGACCAACUGCGAAGAAGACUGGUAUGUUGGGGCUUGUAGUCGGGCGGAUGCUGAGCACGCCUUACACCUGGUGAACAAGGAUGGGGCAUUUUUGGUACGAGACUGCUCCACCAACAGCAACAGUGAACCCUUGGUACUGGCUGUGUAUCAUGAGAAGAAGGUUUACAAUGUAAAAAUUCGGUUCAUCGAGAGCACUAGCAAGUAUGCCCUGGGAACGGGACAGCGAUCGAACGACAUGUUUGACUCUGUAGCAGACAUCAUCAAGUUCCAUUCCAUAUUCCCAAUAGUACUCAUCAGUGGGAGAAAUAUGCCCGGAAGCAGGUAUCCAGAAAACUGUGUGCUGACAUGUCCAGUAACGAGGAGGGAUGUUGUCCUGCUGCUGCAAUAACAUAUGCAUCAUUUCAGGAAAGAUACUGUCCCAGUAUGUCGCUAUGACACCCAAAACAUCCACCAAAGUUAUCUGUGUCCAUGUUAGGAAAAAGCUCACUGUGUGUGUGUACAAAUUGUGAACUGUGUCAAUAAAAAAA